CAAAUGCAUGUGCUAUUCCUGUCAAUGAGCUGGAAUAACAAGUUUGCCUUCACAUUCUGUGUUUCUGUGGUGCCACCCAUUCAAGUCACAUCUCGCUUGCUCAGGUGGAAGCAUUUGGCUUCAGUAACUUCUCAGAGGCAAUGGAGGACUUUAAUUCGCAUUAUAGAACUCAUUGGAGUGAAGACAGGUCAGCUGCUUUCAAAGACCCGUUGCAACCGUCUCAUCUGAUUGAAGAUCUACAUGAAACCAGCAGGGAUGUUCGAGAGGCAGAUCCAGUUUCUGCCGUGGUAGAUGAAGUAGCCUUUCCAAGUACAAACUUGGCGAUGAUGAAGCCAACUCCAGCCACGCUAGAUGACGGAGGAGACCUACUGGAUGAAAUCAAAGACAGUGAUAAGACCAAUGUGCUAGAGCAAGCUGAUCAAAUAGGGCAGAUGAACAUCGGAUCAAAAGCUCAAACUACGAGUAAGCCCUUCCAGUCUUUCUUAAAUGAAAGUUUACCGGACCUGCUCAGGAGUGGGAGUCCACUCCAGAGACGAGUAUCGAGCCCAGUGUCGGACACGUUAAAGCAGAUGCGCCGGGACGUGGAACUGUCUCGACGUAGGAGUAUAAAAUUGAAGGCUCAAGUGGAUAAACUUCAGGAGCAGAGUCAGGAUGGGCUUGUCUGGAGUCAACACAGACAGCGGGUGACCGAGGAGAUUCAGUCCAUCGUAAAGCUCCUGAUCCCUCUGACUGAUUCCGAGCCGACAGCAGAUCUUUCUUCUGAGAGCAACUCACUGGAUACGGCGCUGACUCAGCUCAAGACUGUUGCACGCACACUCGCUCUCAACCACACAUCUCAGGGUAAAGCUACAGACGGGGUGAAAGACGAGGCUGCUGUGUUCCAACAAGCUCUACGGGACCGAGAUGAUGCUCUUGCAAAGAAAAAAGCCAUGGAGACAGAGCUCCUGAAAUGCAAAACAGAACUGAUGUCACUGAACAAUCAGCUCCUGGAAGCAGUACAGCGACGGCUAGAAAUGGCUAUCGAACUGGAGGCCUGGAAGGAUGAUGUACAGACCAUCAUCCACCACCAGCUCCUGAGUCAGCAGCAGGCAGAACAGGCCCAGAAGAAGCCCAGAAGUUUCGGUGUACUGCGGCGAGCCAAACAGUCCAGUCCAGUCCAGUCUCCAGUCUUGAGCCGUGCAAACUCUCCUUCCUCGCAGUCCCCCAACACACCUGUGGCCCAGCGCUGGAAAGACAGACUGAGACGAGGACGCACCAGUCGGCCUGCCUCUGCUGUUUAUGACCAGGCAGGCAGCCUAACCUCACUGGACUCUCCAGUCAUCGGCAAAGAAGACAGUUUUCAAACAGUCUCUCUUGACUGAGCUUUACAACCCCGAUUCCAAAAAAGUUGGGACAAAGUACAAAUUGUAAAUAAAAACGGAAUGCAAUGAUGUGGAAGUUUCAAAAUUCCAUAUUUUAUUCAGAAUAGAACAUAGAUGACAUAUCAAAUGUUUAAACUGACAAAAUGUAUCAUUUAAAGAGAAAAAUUAGGUGAUUUUAAAUUUCAUGACAACACCACAUCUCAAAAAAGUUGGGACAAGGCCAUGUUUACCACUGUGAGACAUCCCCUUUUCUCUUUACAACAGCCUGUAAACGUCUGGGGACUGAGGAGACAAGUUGCUCAAGUUUAGGGAUAGGAAUGUUAACCCAUUCUUGUAUAAUGUAGGAUUCUAGUUGCUCAACUGUCUCAGGUCUUUUUUGUCGUAUCUUCCGUUUUAUGAUGCGCCAAAUGUUUUCUAUGGGUGAAAGAUCUGGACUGCAGGCUGGCCAGUUCAGUACCCGGACCCUUCUUCUACACAGCCGUGAUGCUGUAAUUGAUGCAGUAUGUGGUUUGGCAUUGUCAUGUUGGAAAAUGCAAGGUCUUCUCUGAAAGAGACGUCGUCUGGAUGGGAGCAUAUGUUGCUCUAGAACCUGGAUAUACCUUUCAGCAUUGAUGGUGUCUUUCCAGAUGUGUAAGCUGCCCAUGCCACACACACUAAUGCAACCCCAUACCAUCAGAGAUGCAGGCUUCUGAACUGAGCGCUGAUAACAACUUGGGUCGUCCUUCUCCUCUUUAGUCCGAAUGACACGGCGUCCCUGAUUUCCAUAAAGAACUUCAAAUUUUGAUUCGUCUGACCACAGAACAGUUUUCCACUUUGCCACAGUCCAUUUUAAAUGAGCCUUGGCCCAGAGAAGACGUCUGCGCUUCUGGAUCAUGUUUAGAUACGGCUGCUUCUUUGAACUAUAGAGUUUUAGCUGGCAACGGCGGAUGGCACGGUGAAUUGUGUUCACAGAUAAUGUU